CUUCCAUACAGCCUCAACCAUAAUGGAAGACCUCAAACCCCUUGAGAACCCCAGCAUCGACCCCCCCGCCUUAACGGCCCUCGAAUCUUCUCCUUCCGUGCUCUUCCCAUCCUUCACCUCUACAACAGCCUGGUCGCUGGGUCUCGCCCUCCGCGCACGAAUCCUCUCCCUCCCCUCCGACCAGCGCAAACCCGCAUUGAUCAGUAUCUCACUCUCCUCAACGCCUAGUUUCGACACCCCGGGACAGGCACAACCACACGUUAUCUUCCAAUGCGCGACGGAGCCGGGGACCGUGUCUGAUAAUGAGGUUUGGGUAAGGCGGAAGAGGAAUACGGUGCUUAGGUGGGGGGUAAGUAGUUGGUUGAUGAGGUGUAAGAUGCUUGGGCAGAGUAGUACGACGGAUGUGGAAGGGGCCUUUGUGAGGAAGUUUGCGUUGAGGAGUUCGUGUGGGGGGUUUGCGGCGGAUGAGUAUGCGAUUCAUGGGGGUGCGUUUCCGGUUAGGGUGAAGGGGGUUGAUGGGGUGGUUGGAGUUAUUGUGGUUAGUGGGUUGAAGCAGGAGCAUGAUCAUCAGGUUGUUGUUGAGGUUGUGCAAGAUUAUAUUGCCAAUUUGGCUGCAUAG